GCAGGGACGGUGACGCUCUGGAGCCCCAGCGCCAAGGCCCCGCUUGCCCGGAUGCUGUGCCACCAGGGGGCCGUCAGGGCCGUGGCGGUCGAGCCCUCCGGGAGCUACAUGGCCACGUCCGGGCUGGACCACAAGCUCCACAUCUACGACCUCCGGGCGUAUCGGCGCCUCCACUCCUUGCUGCUGCCCUGCGGGGCCGGGCUGCUGGAUUUCAGCCAGCGGGGGCUUCUGGGGGCCGCCUGCCAGGAGGUGGUGCAGGUGUACAAGGACGUCUCGGUCUGCCCGCCCCAGAAGCCCUACCUGUGCCACAGGCUGCCCGGCCCCUCCCACGGGCUCCGCUUCUGCCCCUUUGAGGACGUGCUGGGCGUGGGGCACGCGCAGGGCUUCGCCAGCCUGCUGGUCCCAGGUGCCGGGGAGCCGAACUUUGACGCCCUGGAGAACAACCCCUUCCGCAGCCGGAGGCAGAGGCAGGAGUGGGAGGUCAAGGCUUUCCUGGACAAGAUCCCGUCGGAGCUGAUCACCCUGGACCCCACCCAGCUGGGCCGGGUGGAUCCCGUCUCCCUGGACCAGCAGCGCCAGGAGCGGGUGGAGAGGCUGGUACGUUGCCUGGGAGGAAGAGGGGGGAGGAGGGGGGAGGAAGGCCAAGAGGCGGCCGGGAGGGUCCCAGGAC